AGGUCACCUGGAGGUGCUGAAGCUGCUGGUGGCGCGCGGCGCUGACGUGAUGUGCAAGGACAAGCGCGGGUACACGCUGCUGCACACGGCGGCCGCCAGCGGCCAGAUCGACGUGGUGCGACACCUGCUGCGCCUGGGCGUGGAGAUCGACGAGCCCAACUCUUUUGGGAACACGGCCCUGCACAUCGCCUGCUACAUGGGGCAGGACGCGGUGGCCAACGAGCUGGUGAACGUGGGCGCCAACGUCAACCAACCCAACGAGCGCGGCUUCACCCCGCUGCACUUCGCCGCCGUCUCCACCAACGGCGCGCUCUGCCUCGAGAUCCUGGUCAACAACGGCGCCGACGUCAACUUCCAGGCAUGAG